UGUAGCAUGUGAUGUUUCGUGAAAAGUGUUAAUUUUUUACGAAAAUUUUAGAAAAUAUAGGACUGUGCAGUGCCUGAAUGUGUUAUAGAGAUAUUAUAGUUUGUGCACCAUAAGUAGUGAUUUGUGUAUAAAGUGUUUAUGCAUUGAAAUACAAUUACAUGGAUAAAGCCGUCACUUAGGGUUCGUUAAGACAUGGAGUCACAUAUUCUAAAUAUGUACCAUCAGACACCGUACCGAAGUAUUGGGCAUAAGAUUAUGCGCUCAACCAGUGAGUCGCUAUCCUCCGAAAGCAGUUGUAAUCAAAAUAGUCCAGAGUACACUCAGACUCAGCAAACAAAUAGAUUUGAAGAUGAAGGGGAGUACUGGGAGCAUCAAGAAAACCAUAGGGUAUGGAGUCAGAACCAGAAUGUUAAUAUAACACAAUCAAACCAAGACACUAGUAUAGAUGAAGAUGAAAAUGUAGAAGUACAGGAAAUAUCUAUAGAUGAUAAGAACUCUGAAUCUAACGAUAAUGCAGAUUUGCUAGAAGCCGAAAAUAUGGAGGAAAACUCACUUGUAGAAGGUGACGAUUAUGACGUAAUCCAAGUGUUUGCUGUUGACCCAGACUUAGAUCUUGAAGCUUCAUCAGAUGAGGAACAAGAAGAUUACUGUAUAAAUGAAGAUUCUAUCAAUUCUGAUGUUAGCGAACACAUAGUUGAAGAAGAGAGAACCAAUGAGUUCACUCGUACUAUUUAUGGGACAAAUACCAGAACAAACAGUAUAUGCCAGGAUAGCUUAGGAAUUAAUUUUGAUACACCAGUCGUUUCAAAUGUCGAUGAAUACUUCAUUAAAGCAAAUGACGAAAAACAUAUAUUAGAGGUCAAAGAUGAACCGGUUGUCAGAGAUGUAGAUGAAUACUUUAUCAAAGAAACUAAAGAGGAUUUAAAAAUAACUAUUGUUGAAAAUGAUUUGUUCAUUAAAAAUGAACUACCAGAAGAUAAUGACUUUCGGAUAUCGAAGACUGUUCCUGAUAAAAUUUUUGCUGAUAGUGAUCCUACGGAUCUUAAAAAAACGGAAAUUGAAACUGAAUGUGAAGAUCCUGUAGGAGACGUAUCAAUCAAUGAGUCUGACCUAGAAGUUUCUGACCAUAAACCACCAGAAAUUGAAACAGAACGCGAAGAUCCUGUAGCUGAUGUAUCAAUUAAUGAAUCUGAUUUAGAAGUACUUCCUAAUAUUGAAGAUUUAAAAAGAUUUCUCUUAGAAGAUAUGUCUUAUAGCAAACUUAGAAGUGCGCAAAAACAAUGUUCAGUCUCUCUUCCACACUCUCCAAUGCACAAUAUUUGUAUGGAUAUAGAUGCUAAAACUUGUUUAAGCUUUGAAGAUCUUAAUCUGGAUUUAUCUGAUCUUACAUUUGAAAACGAUAAAGAGAAGUCAGUGGCCAGUUCAAAAAGUGACGAUAUUCCACGCACUUUGACAGAAGAAGACGUCAACAGCUUCCUAAUAACGAACAAUUUACUUGAACCACCCAAAAAAGUUGUUAAGGAAGAUGAUGAUUUGAGCCACCAAGACAUGGAUAUGGAUAGACCUGUUGAAUCAAUCAUGAACAAUGUUGAUCAAGCUACGGUAGUAACUGCUCCACCUGAUAGAAAAUUCACUUCCACUCCUAUUCAAGAAGCAAAUGUUUUGGAUUUCUGUAUAGAAAAGACAUCGGUAAAAAAGGAGCCGGAUAUAAAGGGGGAGGCAGAUGACUUUGUUGAUGUAGAAUCAUGUAAUGAUGCGGUUAUACCGGUUUUGGAAGCAAAUAAUUUGAAUUCGCUUCUUGAACAGUUUGAAGCAACUGAAAAAUUAAAUAAUAAUAAUAAAAACAAAAAGUCUGUAGUCCAUGUCAGUGAGCUGAAAGUGAAAAGUUUAACCAGUGGUAUGCGCUUACAGGAUGCAGGCGUUCAACUAAACAAGACUAAAAUGCGUCAGAUACUGAUGCCGACGACAGUAAAUACGGUGAUCAGACGAUCGCCAAGCCCUGUUCACUCUGAUCACGAUUAUUGCUCUUCGAAAAAGCGCCUCAGUCUUCCCAAUCUAAAGGGAGGGCAAAGCCUUCUGAAACCUGAGGUUCUUUCAAGCAACAACAGGAUUUUAAAUUCAAGACAUAGGUCGUGUAAGAAUAAAAAAGUAGUGUAUCAUCUUAGUAGUGAUGAAGAGGGUGAAGCUAGUAAUGAAAAGAAAAAUAAACUGAUCAAUAAUCGUUCUAGUGAUGACAGUGACAUUAAAUCAAAUAAGAAAUCUAGUGUAAAGGUAACUGUUAAACCAACAGUGAGUUCAAAUCAUCGUAAGAAACUAUCACCUCCACAUAGUGUUUCGAAUGAUAGCGGUACUGAUAAAAAUAACGGUUCUGUGAUUGUGAAAGCUGCUUUAAAAGCAAGUGAUACUCCUUGUAGUCAAAGUUCUAAUGGUAGCAUUAAGUUAACAAUUAAAAAUAAAUCUGAAGUUAUUAUCAAAAACUGUGAUGUUAAGGACAAUCGUAAGGACAUGGUUUUUGAAAAACAUAAAAGUAGUAGUAAGUAUAAUAGCACAAAUAAGUUAACUAACGAUAUAAACUAUUCUAUAAAUGUUGAACCAGUAGAUAGGAAUAAAAAUAAAGACGUGGUUAGUGUUGAGAAACCUGUCGCUGAAAAUAUAAAAUUGGAAGUCAAUUCAAAUCCUGAACACUUUUAUACAGCAUUGUUUAGUAAUAAGCAAGAUGUGCAAAUUCCUCAUUCAAUACCAUUAAAAACUGAAAAAAUUGAGAAUGAGGAAGAAAUUAAAGUUGUUGCCGAGGUAACUACGCCUCAUGAAUUUGAGCAACCACAAAAAAAGAAAAAACUGAAUCUCCAAGAAUAUAAGUUACGACGAGGAGUCAAUUCAAAUAAUAGUUCAGCACAGGUCAGCCCCGAAGCUAUAUUUCCUGACAUGCCGUGUAAUCUAAAUUUGGAUAAACAUAUAAAAAGCCCCGAUAGCAUAAUUUCUAGCUCAAUAAUUCCGAAAGAGAAAGUAACUGCUGAAACUGAAAACAUAAUAUUUGAUCCAAUACGAGAGGCUUCACGAAAGAUACUUAUGAAUACUAAAAAACAUAAAGCUGAGGCUUUGAGAAAAAGAGAUGAAGACAUCGUUAUGAGUAAAAUACCAAAGGUGGAAAAUCUAGAGCUUCAGCCUCUUAUAAGCGACGCAGAAAUGAUGAAAAUUGUAGGGAUGACCCCUGAAGUUCUGCCGGUCCCUGUAGAAGAGAAAGUAAAACUUGCGACUAAGCAUCCUCCUACAGAUUAUGAUGAGAUGGUGUUGGUUAGCGUCGGUACAAAUACAGAUGAAAAUGUUUUUAAACAAAUUGAACAACAAAAAGCAAAUGAAAGCAAGAAACGUAAAUCGGAACCACCUCAAUCUGAAAAUAAAUCUACUAUCAAUUUUAAAAUAAAAAAAUCGGACCAUGUUUCGAAACAUAAUGUUUUUGCUCCCGUCAAAAGCAGCAGGCACAGUUCAGACGAUAAAAACCAUUCUGAUAUUAAAUUCAACAAAGCAAGACUCAAAGAUAUCACGGCUACGUUGAAAAGUGUCGAGAAACAAGUCGAAACAAAAAUAUCAAGCAAUUCGUUGUUUGCUAGUAUUCAAGAUGUUGUUAUGAAAAAGACUCCAGUCUCGAACGGAGAACAAAAAACUUCGAAACUCAACUCACCAGUUGAUAAACGCGAUGUUAAAUAUACAAAAGCAACAAUAGUGCGUGAGUACGAUACUAAAGUUGAACAUGGUGAAGAUAAAAUUAUACUGCACCUAGAAAAGAAUAGGAAAAAACCUGAUGUCGCUACAAUUGAUGUCCAAACUGAUUCAUCAUCGGAAUUUGUUAAUCUAUCAAAAAGAACUGAAAGAACUAGCCACAAAGAACACAGCGCAUCACCGAGAAAGAGAAACGAUAGCGAUAUGUCAAUGUCGAGUGAGGACAAUCCAGUUCAUGUCAAAAAAGUACAGACGCCACCGAAAUUGGAAGAAAAAGCUCCCGUUAAAUCAAGACCUGAUAUAUCCACUAGACGUGAGAUUAUACGAUCUCUGUCCAAGGAAAAAAGGUCUCGCUCCAGAGAUCGUUAUGACGUUAAAUACAGACGGUCUAGGUCCCAUUCGAGAGGGCAUAGAAGGAAACGAUCGCACAGCCGGAACAGAUCAAGGUCUCGAGGACGAUAUCGCCGCUACAGACGUACCGAUUCACCUUAUAGGAGGAAAAGACGUUCGCGAACAAGGUCACCAUAUAGAUCUUCCAGAAGGUCGCCCUCCAUUCGUAGAGAUUACCGGUCGAAUAGAUCGAGGUCACGAUCGAAACAUACCGAUGCGAAUAAAACAAAAAGUCCAGUUAAGAAAAGGCCUAGCCCUCAAUACAAUGGGAAUAAUGAAAAGAAACCUGUCAAAUCUUUAACGCCGCCCUUGCGAAAGCCAACUGUUUCUGAAAGUUCUGAUUCGUCUACUUCUUCCAGUUCAUCGUCCUCUUCGAGUAGUUCCUCAUCGUCGUCCAAUUCUCGCAAAUCCAGCAGCUCUGUGAGGAAAGACGAGAAAUAUGGGAUGAAAGGCUAUAGGAGUCCAUUCAGCUCGGAGGAUAGAGAGAGCAACACUCCGGUGGAAGAGAGACGGAUAGUAUUCGUGGGACGGUUGGACAAGGAAGUGAACAAAGCUGCGUUGCGUUCACAGUUCGUAAAAUUCGGACCCGUCACUGAAGUGAGACUGCACUCUAAGGAGGAUGGGUCACGCUACGGCUUCGUAACCUUCCAGAGGCCCAAGGACGCGUGGACGGCCGUGGAGGCGGCCAACACGUUUCCGCAAUACGACGUUGGCUUCGGCGGACGGAGAGCUUUCUGCAGGCAGAGCUAUGCGGAUCUUGAUGGCCUGGAAGCUAAUUACACCGAGAGCGCUUUCCACGGCCAACCGGCGUUGCCACCGCGCCGGACCGACGACAUGUCUUUCGAGCAAAUGUUGCAAGACAUAAAAAAGAAAUUGAACAAGCGGAAAGGCGACAAAGGUCGUACCGAUGACAGCACAGCUUGACGUUUACUACAUAUUAGUUCAUUUGUUUUGUCAAGGAAUGUGAUUCUCGUGUUUAUUAUCUGUGCUCGUCUUAAGUGGCGUUCCAAAAGGUGUUAGUGCAUCGGGUAUUUUAUCUGACUUUUAAAGUGACGUAGUGAAAUAAUUGUCUUCGUGACAGCUGUCAUUUUAACCGAUUACUUAUCUGUUGCAGCUGUCUUUUAUUAUCUGUGCCUGUCGAAAUAACAAAUUCUGUCGUCUAUUAUAGAGUUUAUACUAUAAGUGUUACAGUGACUAUUGACUGUCAGUGUGGCAGCUGUCAUUCUCAUCCGUUGUGCAAUCGAAAAGACAUUUGGUGUUGUUUUUUUUAGUAAUAACAAUUAUUGUUGUCUUCACAACGUACCUCUUACUCUAUUAGUU